AUGAAUAAUGAAGAAGAAUUACUUAAUUUUUAUAAAGAUGAAUUAGUGUGUUUAAAAGAAUCAAUCAUGUCAUUAUAAGAAUAGAAGCAGAAAUUAAUUGAAGUAUCAAAAUCUAUUAUUUUUAGAAAGUUGAACAACUUGAAAAAUAAAAUAACAUUCUUAAAGAAAAUAAUGAUAACUUGAGUGAAAUGUUUACUUAAUAUAAAGAAUAUACAUCCACACAAAUUAGAGAUCUAGAAUUUUAGUUAGUUAAUUUAAGUGUGGAAAGGGCUGAUAGAGAAUUGCUUUUAGAUGUAUCAAUAUUUUUUAAAAAAGACUUUACAUUAGGAAAUCAGAUAAUUAAAAAAGGCAAAUUUUGAAAAAGAAUAAAUUAUAAAGGAAUAAGAGAGUAUCAAAUAGGGAGAUAAUGUAUCAUCAUUUCAAGAUUCACCAGAUAAUUUAAGUUAAAUAAGUUAAGAUGACUAAAGUUAAAGAAAUGUUGAAAUCAAACAAGAAUAAGUUAUUUAUUUAAAAAGUAAAAUUAAUGCAAUUAUAUAUUAGAAUAAUUUCAUACACCCUAGAAAAAUAACAAACCUGAGAUCUAAUCUAUUAUUGAUAGUAUUCCAAAAUCAGAAUAUACAAUAUUAUAUGAAGAAGAAAUGAAGAAAAUUAAAGUAAAGUGAUCUUAAAAUUUAGGAUAUUUCAAAUAAAUAAUUUGAAAUGAAAAUUUGGUAAGAUCAAGUUAUGGUACUUUUUAAAGAAAAAUAUAAAAAUGAAAAAAUCAUUAAUGGAAAAUUAAGAGAAUUACUAAGAAAUUCAUAUCCAGAACAACAUAGAGGCAAAAUCUGGUCUUUUGUAAGAAUAUUAUUUAAGUUAGUUAAUUGGUAAUCAAUUAUAAAUAAAUAAAUAACUCUAUGAAAAAUUGUUAUUAUCCAUUCCUAAUCAUCCUUUGAUCACUAAUGAACUAAAAAAUUUGAUUAAUAAGUAUUUUCAUUGUUAUUAAGUGAUCUUUAGAGAACAUUUACUAUUAUCAAUGAUUUUGAAAAUUCAGAUAAGUUGAAAGAUGAAUUAAGAGAGAUACUUACCAUAUUUCAUGUAUUAGAUUAAGUUAUCAUAUAAGAUUUAUAGACCAGAUAUGGGAUAUAUUUAAGGGAUGACAUAUUUAGCAUUCAUGUUUCUAAUAAGAAUGCCUAAACAAAAAGCUUUGAAAUGUUUAGCCAAUAUUUUAUUUAAGAGCCAAUUGUUGAGGACAUUCUAUUAAUUUAAAAGUCAUUAUUUAGAAGCUUACUUUUUAUUAUUUGAUUCUUUUUUCCAAGAAAAAUUACCAGUGUUAGCUAAUAAAUUUAAUUAAAUCAAAUUACCAAAACAAUCAUUUUUAGUAGAAUGGUUUUAUACUGUAUUUUCAAGAGCAUUCAAUUUAAUAACAUCAAGCAAAAUUUGGGAUUAUUUUUUAUGUGAAGGUGAUUUAUUCUUAAUAAGAUUAACUUUAGCAGUAUUAUCAAAUUUAGAACCAGAUUUAUUAAAAUGUGAAUAUGAAGUAAAUAUUAAUUUUAUAUUUAGGAUAUAUUAAUGCUAAUAAGAUAGAAAACAUAUUAGAUAAAAAUAGAUGAAUUAUUUAAACAUUUAAAUAAAUUCAAAAUUGAAUAGAAGACCUUCCAAAUCAGAUUAUAAAAAUAAUUAGAUGAUUUGUGA